AUGGGCACAGGCGUACCAGAUCCCGUGUCAGAUCAUAUGGAUGCGCAGCGUGCCGGAGCAGGCAGUCAAAUGAACAACAAGAGACACUUUCGAUGGACCAGGCCUGACAGUCCAAAGUCAUCUCAUGUGGCUGCAUCAUCAGGCCCGUUAUUCUUGUCGCUUCCGAGGCUUCGGGGGAAGAUGCUGGAAAGUCACACAUUGAUGAUUCACAGCACCAACAGCAGCACGAAGUCGCUGGCCUUCCUUCCCGGGUGGCGUAUCUCGCAGACUCGCACACUUGACCUCCUUGAUCCACAUCAGGCAACGCUAAGCACUACCGUACUCCUCCUGAUACGGAUGCCAUUUCAUUGCUCGUCUUCUUUUUUGACUUUCGAACGAGCUCUGACUCUGCUUGGAGCUGGAGCAUUACGAACGAGUCUACGCAUGAUUGCUCAGAUCGCCUGUCGCAACUCUCUGGAACGUCUAACGUCUUGUCCGCGAGCGCGAGGACUAGCCAGCCAGCCUAGCCUCAAGCAGCUGCACCUUGGGCAUUCUAUAUCGAGUGCUUUUCUCCUGAUCGUAGUACGAACAUGGGGGCUGUUGAAGACGCUGGCUAAUUUGGUCGCUACACGUUAUGAGGCGGGCACACGUCGCAGGCUUCCCGGCGAUUCAUUAUUGAUCCUAGCGAAAAAGCUUUUAGAGGACCAGCCAUAUAAGGCGCUGCGCUGCGGUGAUGACCGCGAUCAAUACACCCGCGAAAUCAAUCUGUUGCGGGUGCUAGCUUCGUACGGCAUUAUGCGUGACGGUGCGGUCUGGGCAGCCCUCGUCAACGCCUCCACUCCUGUCCAUCGCGAACUCUCUCACGCAUCACCGAACGCGGCCCUCCUACCACGGCGCAAUCCAAAAUCUCACCAUGCACGCCGCUUUGGUCUCUUGCAACCGCGCCAACGACUGGGCUACUGGACAGGAACACUAUCCGUGCCUUGCUGUUGCAUGACUUUUGCAUUCGCUGGGCCUUCUACGGUCUGGCGAAUUGCACGCCGGCUUGCGACUCCCGUCUCCUCUCCUCGUCGCAAGGCUUUGCACAUGUCAUACGCUAACUACUAUCGGCUGGAACUCGUGUCACGAUCUCCUCCGACGGACAUCAUCUACAACUAA